AUAAACGAAAGUUCACAGGGACAAAUUUGUUACGGCAUCUAGAAGAAUUCACCACCAAUAUCUAGUCUUCAUACUAUAAGAUGGCCACCGCCAAAUACAACCCCAAUAAGUUACCAGAUUUGAUUAAGAUCGAUGAUAUAACGUCAGGCAAAAUCGAUCCACAACUCAUAUAUCAAGAAUUAAAUCGAUUAAAAGUGGAGUUAAACAUUCUUCGCAAUGACAUGAACAACUUUCUAAGAGUACUUAUUGACAUCCCAACCAAUGCCAACGGUGAUGUAAAUGAACACGAGUAUUUCAAAGUUAUUGCAUCUCGAUUAAAAACCUUAAAGGAAACUAUCAACGAAUAUUGUCUCGAAUACAAUAAGUUAUUGCCCAUAAUAAAUUUGGCCCAAAUUAAACUAGGACACGAAGUAGAAAUACUACCUCCUCCCACUUCCAAUAGACCAAGUGUAGCAGGAGGAUUGGUCAAUACAAUUACAGCUACAAAUACUCCUACUAUUCCGGCUACAAAUAUUUCUACGCCAUCUACAACUACUGGUGCUACACCUACAGCUACUGCUACAACCCCCGCCAUAAAUUCAAACACAAAUACAAAGAGAAACUCCGUAACCAAACUGGGCCCCAAUAAACCGGGCGCAAACGUUAACCAACCUAUAGUUAUCUAGUAAGUCAUUAGUAGUCAUUAUGUAAUACACAUACACAUAUACAUAUAAUAUAUAUAUACGGUCGUACUGACACUGAUAUCCCUCUGUUACCCUGAACUGACUCAUUAACUAUCGCGCACUUUUGGGUCGUCCGCUGCCUGAAAAAUU